UUCGAGAUAUACAUGCUGGCGACGUCGACUGUCUUCAUUUCAACAUUUCACCUUGUUUUCUACAUUUGUGUGUUUGCCUAAGUCGCCACAUAUUUGAAAAUGUCCGCUGCGGAUAGAUCCGUCCGUUCUGUCUUUGUGGGGAACAUUCCCUAUGAGAUAACAGAAGAGAAACUGAAGGAUAUCUUCUCCGAGGUCGGCCCUGUGAUCAGCUUCCGUCUCGUCUUCGAUCGGGACACUGGCAAACCCAAGGGAUAUGGGUUCUGCGAGUACCAGGACCAAGAGACGGCGCUCUCAGCUAUGCGAAACCUGAACGGCUAUGAGCUGAGUGGGAGGAGUCUCAGGGUUGAUAAUGCUACCAGUGAGAAGAACAGGGAGGAGCUUAAAACUGCAUUACAGCAGAGUCAGCCACCUCCUGAAUCCCCCUACGGUGAUUCUGUAGCACCCCAGGAAGCCCCAGAAGCCAUCUCAAGAGCGGUGGCCAGCCUGCCUCCUGAACAGAUGUACGAGGUCAUGAAACAAAUGAAGAUUGUGAUUCAGAACAACCCUGUGGAAGCCCGUAACAUGUUACUGCAGAAUCCUCAACUGGCUUAUGCCUUGCUUCAGGCUCAGGUCGUCAUGCGCAUUGUUGACCCUAACGUUGCCAUGACUCUGCUUCACAGGCAGACAGAUGCACCACAACCUCUGAUUCCCCCUGAAAUGAAUCAAGGUCCUGGUCCUCACCCUGGGCAGCACCAAGGCCCAGGACCCCAGGGAAACCAAGGCAUGGGUAUGGGUGGACCAAGACCGGAUCAUCAGAUGGGCCCGGGUGGUAUGAACCAGAGGGGUAUGAAUCCUAACAUGGGUCCAGGAAUGAACCAGGGCUCCAUGGGACCAAGAGGGAUGGGUCCACAGGGCAUGGGACACCAGGACAUGGGUAGGGGCGGUAUGGGCCCUCAGGAUAGGAACAUGCAGGGAGGUAUGCAGAGGGGUGGAAUGGGGCCUGGAGAUAUGAACAGGGGCGGUAUGGGCCAAGGAGAUAUGAACAGGGGCGGUAUGGGCCAAGGAGAUAUGAACAGGGGUGGAAUGGGCCCAGGGGAUAAUAUGAACAGGGGUGGUAUGGGACCCGGGGAUAAUAUGAGCAGGGGCGGUAUGGGCCAGGGAGAAACAAACAGGGGUGGCAUGGGACCAGGGGAAAUGAACAGGGGUGGUAUGGGCCAGGGAGAAGCAAACAGGGGUGGUAUGGGCCCAGGAGAAGGUAAUCGGGGCAAUAUGGGCCAAAGCGAUAUGAAUCGUGGCGGUAUGGGCCCGGGGGACAUGGGCCGUGGGGGAAUGGGGCCCGGAGAUAUGAACCGUAGUGGCAUGGGCCCAGGGGAUAUGAGCAGGGGUGGUAUGGGCCCAGGGGAUAUGGGCAGGGGCGGCAUGGGGCCAGGUGAUAUGAAUCGGGGUGGUAUGGGGCCAGGUGAUAUGAAUCGGGGCGGUAUGGGCCAGCAAGAUACAGGCAUGGGAGGUAUGGGUCAAGGUCGAGGGCCAGGGAUGGGUAUGAAUGAGAUGGGUCGAGGGGGAGGUCCAGACAUGAACAGGGGUAUGGGUUCCGGACAGCAGGGUCCACAGGGCAGGGUACAUGGAGGUAUGGACCAGGGCCGAAUGAACAUGGGUCAAGGAGGAGGAGGACCAGCUGGACCAGGAGGACCUGGAAUGAGCCCAAACAUGAUGAAUCAAGACAUGCAGAUGAACCGUGGCGGUAUGGGAGCCGGCCCAAGAGGUGGACCUCCGGACAGCAUGGUCCAUGAUCCCCGCAGACAGGACCCCAGAGGACCAGGGGCAGCAGGUGGGCCAGGAGGAGGAGGGGUAGGAGGGGGCUUUGAGAGGGGUGAACCUCAUGGUAUGGGGGGCAUGAGGCCCAGUGGAAUGGGUGCCGGUGACCCACGCAUGACUGACCCAAGAGCAGCGGAAAGGUCACCCAUCACAGCAUCAACCAAUCUUUCGCAGCUUGCCCAGAAUAUCAACCUGUCACAGACUCAGCCUACACAACAAGAUCAAGAAAAGGCUGCUCUGAUCAUGCAAGUGUUACAGCUGUCGCCUGAGCAGAUCAACCUCCUUCCCGCCGAGCAGAGAGCUAGCAUCAUGGUUCUCAAGGAGCAGAUCUCUCGCAGUCAGGGAGGGGCGCCAUCUUAGAUCAAACCAUCCCUGCUUUACUCACUCAAUGUCUGAAGUUGUUUUCAUUAUUAGGAGUAAUAAAUAAAUAAUAAUGGGCAUUUUAGUAGCGCCGUCUUUCUUGACAAUUCUAUUCCAAGGCGCACAUGAAAAAUAGAAAGAGUAAGAGGGUUGGGAUGAGUAUUAAGGUAUUGUUAUGAUUUUAUGCAGCUUUUGGAGGGUGGGGAAUGUUAUUGAUGUAACACUGUUCAAACACAGAAAAAAUGUGUACCAACUUGUACGGUACACUUUGUAUUGAAUGAAGGUUGGGAAUUACCUACGCCCACUUUGUUUUAGGUAUAUCAUACAUUUUUGACACAUACAAUAUGUUUCUUUUUUAUAGGAAAACAUUUCAUAUGGGUACACUUUUUGUUUAAUUUGUUGCUUUUCAGUAGUUGAGUAAUUAUAAACAUGAAGAAGAAAAAAAAUAUUGCACGUUGUGUGUCAGCAGAUAGAUUCAUAAGUUUGAAUUUGAAUUCACCUCGAGCAGUCUUGUAUGUUUAUGUUGCAAAUAUUUUGAUGUGGGAAGUCAAAAUUUCUGUAAUACGUUUUUUGUAUUUUUUGCUUGUUUCAGCAUACAUGUAUGCAUUGCUUUAAAAAUAAAGUUGAGUUCUGGUCAUGUGAUUGCAUUGUGGAAGGAACGGUGU